GUCCCAAAUCUCCACAGAGCUGGAUGAUGGGGAUAAUGGCGCCGCGGAUGCUGUUCCUUAUGCUGUCCGGGGCCCUGGCCCUGACUGAGACCUGGGAGGGCUCCCACUCCAUGAGGUAUUUCAUCACUGCCGUGUCCCGGCCUGGCGGGGAGUCCCGCUUCAUCACCGUGGGCUACGUGGACGACACRCAGUUCGUGCGCUUCGACAGCGACACCGAGACACCAAGGAUGGAGCCACUGGCGCCUUGGAUAGAGCAAGAGGGGCCAGAGUACUGGGAAAGGGAGACACAGAAAGCCAAGGGCCACUCACAAAUUGACCUAAUGAGCCUGAACAACCUGCGUGGCUACUACAACCAGAGCGCAGACGGCUCUCACACACUCCAGAGGAUGUCUGGCUGCGACCUGGGGACAGACGGGCGCCUCCUCCGCGGGUACGAGCAGCGUGCCUAUGACGGUAAGGACUACCUGGCGCUGAACGAGGACCUGCGCUCCUGGACCGCGGCAGACACGGCGGCGGCUCAGAUCACCCGGCGGAAGUGGGAGGCGGCCGGUGACGCGGAGCACCACAGGGCCUACCUGGAGGGGGAGUGUGUGGAGUCACUCACCAGAUACCUGGAGAACGGGAAGGAGACACUGCUGCGCACAGACCCCCCAAAGAUGCAUGUGACUCACCACCCUAGCCCUGAAGGAGACAUCACCCUGAGGUGCUGGGCCCUGGACUUCUAUCCUAAGGAGAUCACCCUGACUUGGCAGAGGGAUGGGGAGGACCAGACCCAGGACAUGGAGCUUGUGGAGACCAGGCCUUCAGGGGAUGGAAACUUCCAGAAAUGGGCCUCUGUGGAGGUGCCUGCUGGAGAGGAGCAGAGAUACACAUGCCAUGUGCACCAUGAGGCGCUGCCUGAGCCCCUCACCCUGAGAUGGGAGCCACCCUCUGAGCCCACCAUCCCCAUGGUGGGAAUUGUUGCUGGUGUGAUUCUCCUUGGAGUUGCUGUCACUGGAGCUGUGGUAGCUUUUGUCUUAUGGAAGAAGAAAAACACAGGUGUAAAAAAAGGGCCCUAUGCUCCAGCAAAGGUGUGAGACAGCUGCCUUUUGUGGGACUGAAUAAUACAGGAUUUCUUUAGUUCAUUCCUGCUCCCUACUAAGAUUUCAAGAGUUUCUAACUUCUCUGUGUAGCUGGCAUCUAACUGUGUCUAUGUGUCUGUGUUUCUAUCAUCAUCACUGAGGAAAUGCAGAGAAGAGCACAUCCCUGAUCACCAAGAUCCCUCCCCACACUGUUGUGUUCUCUUCCUCAAUCAACUUUCCUAUGUAGCAGAUGUGAGGCUGAGGUGUCUCCAUUUUUUAUGUAGCUUCAUGUUGCCCUGGGCUAUAGCUUCUUCCUUCCCUGUUGAAAAACAGAAUCUGAAUAUUGAUUUGUAUUUCAAAUUUAUGCCACAAAAUAUGGUUGAUGGGUAAACUAAAUGAAGAUUCCCAAAUUUGAAAAAAAAUAAAGCCUGAAACCUAGAAUCCAUAUGUUUGCUGUGCUGAGUCUGCUGCAGGUGGGGACAGGAGAAGACUGAAAGCAGCUGAGGGUGGACAAGUUGGCACUCAGUCCCUGCUCAGUGUAUCCUGGUCUCUGAUGUGGUCCACUCCUCACCUAGAUCCUCUUCCCUUCUCCUUAGUUUUGUCCCUCCAGUUGAACAUCAUCCCACCAAGUCCUGUCAUGACAGGGACUUAAGCAUCAGCAGAGCUCCUGUCUCCAAGACCAUAGGCACGGAGGGCAUCACCUUGCUGGGUCAGUACAGGAUGAGACCAGAGUCUCACUUUAUUCUCCCAUCUUUUUUAGUUUCUCAGCUUCUAUAGAGAAUUAUCCCUGUUCUUAUUAGUAAAUAUGAUGUCUGGGCUCUUUCUCCUCUGGGUGUCUCUCAUCAUUGAUAGCAGCAGAACUCUUUUUUUUCUGUCA